GUAUUUUUUUAAUUUUUUUUUUGAAAUUAUCGAUAGCAAUUUCGGAACAAAGACUUCUUCUCGACACCGGAGAUCGCCAUAUUUACAACCUCAGCCAACUCCCACUGCUACAAAGUUCAAAUCAAACACCACUUUCCACUUUACGUUAUAGAGAUUCCCAUUGGGCUAGCAACAAUCCUCAUAGCAGGUGGGCUGCAUCUUCAAACAUGGCGAUGAAUGGAGUUUUAUACCGGUCAACAUUAUCCGCUUCAAAUUUUCAGACAAACCGCAGAUUUCUCGAAAACGAGCACAAUAAAAAUUCAACUACGAAUCAACGACAUAAUUGGCAAAGUACUAGUACCGAUCAUCGUCAUCAAAUCGCAACGAGCUCCACAAACCACUACUUGUCAGAAAGCAAAUUUCCCGACAGAGGGCAAAUUCGUAAUUUCCGUCCGACACGGGAGAAAGAGAAAUCGCCGCCGCCGCCGCCGGCGGCAUCAGUCGAAGAAGCAGCAGCUAGAAACAUGAAAAGAAAGCUUUCUUCUGAAAAUGUGGGUGGUGAUCUUGAUCUAAACCUAUCCCUAAAAAUUAUGAAGACAGGAUUUAAGGAUGAUGCUGAUGACGUGGACAGUAGCCUGUCGCUGUCACUGUUUUCAUCUUCGAAGAAAGAAGUUAAGAACAAGAUCAUGAAAACAAGUACUAAUUUAGAUCUGAGUUUGUGAAUAAGACAAAAUUUCUGAGUGAGAUUUUCAAAGUACAUUAUACGGUGAUACUCAUGCAUCACUGUUUUCUUCGUUUUGUUUGUUUGUUUGUUUGUUAUUAUUAUUGAUUUUUGCGCA